GACUGAUGGAGAGUUCCGCCGAGCAGCAGGUUCAUUCCCCGCAGAGCUAUCAGAGGAACAUGUAGCCCGAGACACAGGAGCAGCUCCACACUUCAUAAAACUCAUUGACUGAACACACACUCACGUACACUAACACAGGUCUGAGCAGGGUAAACCAUGAACCGAGUGGAGGAACUUUGUUUUGAGGCUCACAGAAAGGAGCUGGAGGAGGAGGAGGACUUCUACCCGUACGAGUUCGACCCUGAGGAAGAGCUGCCCGCUUACGGGGACGGAGAGGAUCUUCUGGCCGCUCUCCGGCAGAAAGAAGAAGAGGUUCUUCUGGCCGCUCAGCUCGGAAAAGCUCUGCUGCUGGAGAACCGACAGCUGAAAGAGGAGCGGGGAAAACUCCAUGAACAGUACGCGGACAAGGUGGAGGAGCUGGAGCAGGGCAGGCACGAGCUGCGGCUGAAGCUGCAGGAUUGCCAGGCUCAGUGGGAGAGCCAGGUGGCAGAGCUGGAGCGAGACGUGCGAGAGCUGAGGGGUCAGGUGGAGGGUCUGACGAGGGCCUUGAGCGAGACGGAGAAAGAGAAGAGCCGUGAUAAACAACAACAUGCAGAGAUCAGCCAACAGCUCAGAGAACAACUGCAAGCAGCUAUGGAUGUGGAGAGGACGGUCACAGCUGAGCUCCACAACCUGAAGCAGGAGCUGAGAGAGCGAGGCCAUCCCCGACCACAGGACGAGGAACUGCUCAGUGCUCUUAAAGAACAGGUUGCGAGACUAACACAGCGGGAGCAGGCUCUAACUCAGCGCCUAGAGACAGUGUGUGAGGAGAACACUGAGCUGAGGGACCGCGUGUCCUCGCUACACACACGCCUGGCCCUGCAGGAACAGCAGAGUCGCACACAGACCCAGCAGUUGACAGAGGCAUGGCAGGAGGUUGAGACGGCACGGUGUAGAUCUCAGGAGCUUCAGGCUCAGAUGGAGGAGCUGCAGGAGGAGGUGUCCCUCCAGCACAGUGACCACGGGGACACGUCACUGCUGUCUGAAAUGGAGCACAGUCUGGAUGCCAUGGGCUGGAGCCAAGAAAAGGAGCAGGUCACACAGGACGUGAGCACCAUCCUGGACAUGCUGCUUCCUGGGUCCCUCAGUUCAGGCUCUCUCUGCAAUCAAGAGGACAGUCUGAAAGGCAUGCUGGGACAGCUGAAGAGUGUGGUGGAAAGUAUAGCGCAGGGGCAGACACUACAGGAGCUGAAGAAGCCCAUUGUAGGAGAAGAGAGCGCGCAGUGUGAGAAGACGAGCUGGAUACUGGAGCUGCGUGAUCAGAAUGAACGGCUUCUAGAAGAGAUUGCUGAACUCAGACUGAAAGCAGACAGCAGGCUGGAUGAAGAGAUUGUCCAGCGGGCUAUAAAGGACAGAGACGAUGCAAUAGCGAAGAAAACAGCGGUGGAGGCAGAAUUGGUGAGAAGUAAAAAUGAUAUAAUGUGUCUGAACAACCAGCUGCUGGAGGCCAUCCAGCGCAAACUGGAGCUGUCCCAGGAACUGGAGGCCUGGCAGGAUGACAUCCAGAUCAUCAUAAACCAGCAGCUGAAGAGCCAGCAUCAGACCGAGCAGCAGUCUGAAAAGAAGAGGCCCGGAGUCGGACGCAUUUCUUUCCUCCGCAAGUCCAGAAAACCAUCCGUCUCGCCGCCCUGCGUACCAGAGAUCACCUCAGCACCCAACCACUCGCCAUGGAAAGACUGGCUCAAACUGGGCAAAUAAUUUCACAGCUUUUACACAGCACUUGGAAUGGACAAGCAUCAGCUGCACAGACAGCAGUGCUGACCGGCUGACCUGCACCGCUCUGAGACCAAGAGGGUCGGACACUCGACAUAGAGAAGAGAUGAAAGAAAGCCAUAGUGAAGACCAGCGUGCUUCUAACACCAAUAUCACCAGAAUCACCUGUGUAAUCCAGUCUCCACGGACAAAGACUGAUAUUGUAGAUUCAGCUUAAUUCACCAGCAAGAUCAAAUACACGGCUCCAUAGAACCACCGAAUUUAAGCCUGAUUCUGUGGGCCGAUUCAAACUAAGAGCACUUCGAUCAAAUAUGCUUACCAGUUUGUAGAUUUAUUCAUUCAUUCAUUUUAUUUAUUCAGUUGUUCACUGCUCACUUGUUGAAACACAUUAAGAGUAAAAUGUUUAAAUAAAGAGAUACAUUAUAAUAUAGUUUCCACACAUUGUUAAUAUCUAAAACAGGUACUUCCUUAAGAGGAAGCAUUCUGGAAAUGAAUUUAGUUUUUAUUGCAGUUGUUUUAAUUAGGGGUGGGCAAUAUGAUAGAAAUACUGCAUCAUGAUUCAAUUAAAGAAAUUUUGUAUUUUACAAUACAACAUAUUUUUUACAAUAUUUGGACAAACUGGGAGAAUACAUUAUAGAUUAAGAGCAGAUUCCUAAAAAUUAAAAUAUACAACACUAAUCCAAAAAUAAUUACAAUAACUACACUCUAUGAAUUAAAAUGGUUUGAUCAAUUGAUCUGUGUUUUUUAGGCAUUGACUAUAUCCCCAAUAUACAUUUAGAAAAGUCUGUGUAUCACGAUAACACAAUACUUUUAUUGCAACAACUGCUAUAAAAUGUUGUCAUAUUUGCCCAGCCCUAGUUUCACUUUUAUCCAGUUUACUGCUAAAUAACUCAAAUUGAGUUGAUGGUAUUAAAGCAUAUAAUAGAACAAAAACACUAUAGAUUUAUGACCCACAUCCAUCAUUUAGAUGUGUAUGAUGUUUGGGACUCUUGUCAUAAUGAAAUACCUACAUGUUUCAGUAUUUUUGUGCCAAGUUGUAGUGUUGUGUUGUUCAGUUUGUUUGUAGAAUUUUGUAGAAAUAUUUUAUCACACUAUGUAAUUAAAUACAUUAAAACGGUAUGAAAUUUCCUAAAUCAUUCUGGACUACGCAACAUUUUGAAUUUACAGGAAAAUAACAUCCGAACCAGGCUCAAUCCUUUUUCAAGACACUGAUCUGAAAUAUUUAUUAAGAGUUAUGAGGAGUUAUGAAUUAUGAAUUAUGAAUGAAUAUUCCACGAGGAGAAGUAGCACAAAACCUUUAUAUCUAAGUUUAUUUAAGGUUAUCUGGAUGUUGUCUGUGACUGGAAUGUAGGGAUGCACCUAUGAUGUGGGAUUAUGGGUCACCAAUGCCAAAAUCCAGUAUUUUUCAUGUACAUUAGGAUUGCAUCUACCUGAAUUUGCUAAACAGAUUUAUAAAAUAUAACAAAUUUCAGUUAUAUCUGAAAUCUUGACUCAUGAUAAAGCUUUAUAAGCCAUUGUUUUUUUAUUCUGAUUACCACACUAUUGUGCAUAACUACUGGAUUUGGAGCUCUGUACUAGAAGAAAUACCUACUGUCUUUGUCUAAGCCUGAAAAUGAAUGAAGCCCUAUAAUGUUUAUACCUUAUUUAGUAUUAGUUCUUAUAUAAUUAUUUUUGAGGAGUAAUUUGAUAUCUGUAUGUUAAUAAAUAUACUUGUAAAUGCAUGUUUUUUUUUGUAUUCACUGCUGAAAAGCAAAAAUGUAUAUGCCUUAUGAAAUAAAAAAAAGAAAUAAUAAAAAUAUUUUUUGUACCAUUAAAAAAA